ACAUGGCCCAGUCACACUUGCUGCUGUGGCUGCUGCUGCUCCCCACGCUGUGUGGCCCCGGUGCCAGUGCCGCUGACUGGACUGCCUCGUCCCUGGCUUGUGCCCGGGGCCCCGAGUUCUGGUGUCAGAGCCUGGAGCACGCGCUGCAGUGCAGAGCCUUGGGGCACUGCCUACAGGAGGUCUGGGGCUACGCAAGAGCCGAUGACCUGUGUCAGGAAUGUGAGGACAUCGUCCAGAUCCUCACCAAGAUGACGAAGGAGGCCAUUUUUCAGGACACGGUGCGCAAGUUCCUGGAGCAAGAGUGUGAUGUUCUCCCCUUGAAGCUGCUUGUGCCCCAGUGCCGUCACCUGUUGGAUACCUACUUCCCAGUGGUCAUCGACUACUUCCAGAGCCAGAUUAACCCAAAGGUCAUCUGCAGUCACCUGGGCCUGUGCAAACUUGGGCAUCCAGAGCCCGGGCAGGAGCCAGAGCUGUCAGACCUGCUGCCGGAGAAGCUGAUCCUCCCGGGGCUGCCGGGAGCCCUCCAGGAUCUGUCCGAGCGGCGGUUGCCCAUCCCCAUCCCCUACUGCUGGCUGUGCAGGACUCUGAUCAAGCGGAUCCAGGUUGUGAUUCCCAAGGGCGUGCUGGCUGUGGCUGUGGGGAAGGUGUGCCACGUCGUACCCCUGGUGGUGGGUGGCAUCUGCCAGUGCCUGGCUGAGCGCUACACUGUCCUGCUGCUCGAUGCGCUGCUGGGCCGCGUGCUGCCCCAGCUGGUCUGCGGUCUGGUCCUCCGCUGCUCCAGUGAGGACGGCACCGUCCUCCCAGCUCUGGAGUCCCUGCCUGGAGAAUGGUCCCCUGAAGAGCCUGAGUGCCACGUCUGCAUGUUCGUGACCACACAGGCUGGGAACAGCAGUGAGCAGGCUGUGCCGCAGGCAAUACGCCAGGCCUGCCUCAGCCCCUGGCUGGACAGGCAAAAGUGUGAGCGGUUUGUGGAGCAGCACGCACCUGAGCUGCAGACCCUAGUGUCCGGGGGCCGGGAUGCCCACACCACCUGUCAGGCCCUGGGGGCAUGUAGGACCACGUUCAGUCCUCUCGAGUGUAUCCACAUUCCUCACUUCUGACACAAAGCCAUGCCAGCUCCUAAGGCUUCCAGUACCAGAAGAACCAGGCCUUCCAACCCUGUUGGAACAGGAACAGCAAUGGAUUGGCCCAGGCGGCCUGGGCGCUGGUCCCGACUCUGCCAUCAACCGACUAUGGGUUCCCCAGCCAAGAUACGUUGCCCCGUCUCUGGCUCACAUUCUCCUCAGUGGUAAAGGGGAGAUUGAAUAAAGUGGUUUCUAGGAUUCUUGAGCUCUCCCCUGUGACAAGCCUCCUCCUCCGGCUCCCUGUCCUCUGCCCACACUGAGAAAAAGUCUUUCACCCCCAUGGUCACCUUCCCCAUCUCCUUUAAGCUGAUGGGCCAUAAGCCCGCAGCUUGUAACCUCAGUCCUGUCGUCAGGCUUACCUCUCCUGUCUCUAACCACAGCCCAAAGCAGAGCCACUCCCUUCCUCUCUGGGUGUGAGCAGCCGCCUGGGGGCAUCUUCCAGAGAUCUGUAAGAGGGGGCUUCCGGCCCAGUCCACGAACUUCCGGCCAGACUUCACACCCCACUGGAGCCAGCCAGCUUCCGCAGCACCCCAGGGCUGGGUCCCCCGGAACUUGUCAGCCACCCAGUCCUCCCCUGGUUCCAAGAGGACAGCGGGGUAGAAGCUGGGGCCCACCUCACUUUCAUCUCCAUGUGCAUCAGAUACGGGCUUUUACAGUGAUUUUGCUAAUACUCUCACAAAACUCAGAUUCAGAAGAAUUUUUAAAAUGGGAACAUCAAGUACCAUAAAAGAUAGAUACAUAAAGUCAAAGUUUUUUUUUUAAAAAGUCAGGAAAUCUCUGAUUGUCAAGAAUGGACAUAGCAGGGCUCAAGCAGGGUGGGGAGGUGACUGGACAAGCUUUCAUAUUUGAAAUGUUCUCCUGCUUAACAGCUAUCAUUUUAGGAUAUAAAAAGCGGUUUUCUUUUUAUCUUUGUGUAAGGUAAGCUUCCAAGUUUUGGUGGAAAUUCCAGCGUGAUUCCAUUUCUGCUAUGAUUUAUCUCCUCAAAGCUCAGUUGGGGCACAUGCUAAAAAUCAGUUCUAUGUAACCCAAUGCCUGUAACAAUACUAAUAAAACCUAUUGCUUCACACUAAAA